ACAUUGAACAAAAAGAAUGUGGAAUCAACUGGAACGAAUGGUGACUCAGUACCGAAAGAGACUGGCGAUAAUUCUUACAGAAGACUUCGAUAUAUAAAAGCUCUGCAGGAUGGAAAGGAAACUGAUCGUUGUAUUCGAAUAAAUGUUGUUGGGAAUUUUGCACAGGGAAAAACAACUUUGGUUAGGAGACUAGUUGGAGAAAGUACAGAUGGGGUUGAAGCUACAAACGGAAUAGAUGUUGAUCGUUAUCGAUGUGAGCAAUCUCAAGAUGGAAAUCUGAUAUGCAUUAAAUCUGAUGAAAGCGAUGUUUCAAAUAAAAUCCAACGACUGUAUUCCACAGCAAGUUCAUCAGAUUUAACUGACACGGACAAUUCUAAUGAUUUAGUUACUGAUGAUGCAAUGCCUGUUCUUGAAAAAGAAAGUCAAAAAUUGCCAACUUACUUUGAAGUUAUAAAUGAGGACGAACAGGAGUCGGCUAUCGUUGACAUAUGGGACUUUAGUGGUCAGUAUGUAUUCUAUGCAACACAUACGAUGUUUCAUAGUAGAAAGGCGAUAUAUCUUCUUGUCAUGAAUCUUUCUCUUGACAUGGACAGCAGCCUUUUGGAUACCGAGUUCCCGGCAGAGACUGGUGAUAGAAAUGUGGAGUACUUCAUCCAAUUCUGGCUUAAUUCCAUUCAUUCCUUUGUUGGAAUGCAAAACAGUUCUGAUCCGCUGGUUAUACUUGUCGGAACACACAAAGACAAACUGCACGGAGACGAAAAUGCUAAGCAACUUCUCGCAGAGAAAUACUUCGAAGACGUAAGAAAACUCUUCGAAAACACAGAUGUCUUGAACAUAUUCAUUCAAAGGACUUUGUCGUUGAUAACAUGUCGUCCACGGAUUGUGGUAUCGGGUCUCUUCGGAAGGAAAUUGUUAAAUUAGGGAAGGAAAAAGCCAUAAAUGUCAAAAUACCGGCAAAAUGGAUACCUUUAGAAGACGCUUUGCAGAAGAGAAGAAAUGAAAAUAUAAUUUUACUAGAGGAUUUAAAGAAAAUUGACGCUGGAAACAUUCUACCGCUUGGCGAUGAGGAGCAAAUCAAAUUGCUUUUGCAGUACCAUAAUGCCAAAGGAACUUUGUUCUUCUUCGAUGAAUAUCCAGUCUCGGACUACGUCGUUAUCAAUCCACAGUAUCUUAUCGAUGCAUUCAAAUGUAUCAUAACAUCUCAAAGGUUUAGCCGAAAUGAUCAUCCUGAGGCUCGACCUUUAUGGAGCUGCCUUGUGAAAGAAGCAAAACUUGAAAAUGAUUUUAUCGACUUUCAGUGGAAGAUGAACAAAGACAAAAGCUUCAUGGCAAAUAGGGAAAUAUUACUGUCCUUUCUGAAGAAACAACACAUCAUAUCAGAAGUCAUGAGAUUCGAUGAGCAAUGUCAGGUGACCGAAAGGUUAGGCUGGUUCAUCGUUCCAAGUUUACUGAAGAACAAAAUAACACAAACGAAGAUCAACGACAUUCUUCGAGGAAAGAAACAGACAAUAGUCCGGAUUGCUCUGCUUUUCGAUAACUCAGCAGUAUUACCAACGAUAUGUCAUCGUUUGUUUGCCGCAGCCCUUGGAAAGUGGUGUAUUGCUUCGUUCCACGACCAGUUUCUAUUGUUUGAGGACUACGCAGUAUUCAGGCUUGACAUGUAUGAAACCGGAAUCAUAAUUUUGAAUGUUAAAGAAAGAACCAUAGAAUUACAAGUUUUAGGUCUUGGUUGCUCACCAUCUAUGGGAGAUAAUUUCAGGCGCUUUGCAGAAAAACUUGUUUAUCAUGAGUUUAGAAAACUAAACACCAGUGAACAUGUGGAAGCGUACCGUCUACACUACAGAUGCAGUCACACAAGCCAUGGAGUUGGUUGCAGUCAGCUCGCUGCUCUGUCACUAAUAGAAGGAAAACAAAGCGUUCCCUGUCCGGAUUUAGAGAAUCACAAAAUAAAUGUGAAUGAUGCAAAACAGGAAUGGUUCCUAGAGGGCAAGAUUAGUAUUAGUGAAAUACCACAGGUGGUUCCAUCCGAGAAACAGCUUAGUAAAAUCUCCCAUUCCAUCGGGGGAAACUGGGAAAUUCUUGGCUUAGAAUUAGGACUCAAAAAGGUUCAAAUAGACCAUUUGAAUGAAGAUAAUCAGGAUGCUAUCAUGAAAAAAUUCGGCAUGCUUUUAGAAUGGCGAAAACAGCAAGCUGAAAGAGCGACGAUAUAUGUUCUGGUAAAGGCAAUAAAAAGGGUUCCAAAAGUCCGAAUCGACUGGGAUAUCAUUCGGAAUUUUAUUGACGAAAUCGAACUGGAAGUUUAGUCAACAUGUUUAUGAGCCAUGAUAACAAUUUGUAUUAAAGGUUAAAGAGGCACGUCGUAUGUACGGACCAUCUAUGCAAGAAUACUGGUAGAUUGUAUUCUUAAUCGCAUUUGCUGUAAGACCUGAGACUAUUUUUAUACAUCGGCGUAGAUAUUCAGUUCGAAAAAGGAGUAAAAUAUAUACAUUUGUAACAUACUAGUAGGCUUAAAGUGGCACACAUAUAAACAUGAUCACAAACACAUGUGCAAAGGACAACGGGAAUAAAAUGAUCACUGAAACAUGAUGUUACCUUUAAAAACAUAGAACUUUUUUUUGAAAGAAAAUUUGAAAACUAUUAAAACUAUAAGGUGUCCGAAAAUUUUGCAAAAAUGUUCUUGUGUAAUAUGUGUUUCAUGAUUUUCAUGUCGUAGUAUGAUAUCUUUCAGAGAUUUAAAGUUAUCUUUCUUAACAAUUUAUAACAUCACGUGUACAUUUAUCGUCUUUAUUGUGUCUCCCACUACAUGGGAGACAUAUUGAUUUUCUCCAACCUGUGUGUGUGUGUUUGUGUCUGUUUGUCUGUCUGUCUGUCUGUCUGUGAGUGUGUCUUUCUGCAUUUUUUUCAUUUAUUUACCCAUAAUAUCCAUCCCUUUCUCUUUCCAUACCCGUGUCUAUAUCUUGUAUAAUUAAUACGUACUUGUUGAAGCUUGUUGGAUUUUGAAGCAAUCCGUCUGCUAUAUCUUUAAACCAAUUUUUUUUGUUGGGUACCUUCUUUGCGAGCAUGACUCUCUUGUUGUCUUUGGUGUGCUCUGUGCUUCCGGGAAAUUUAUCCUAACGUCUUAUUUUUUAUAGGACAUUUAUAAAUAUUUAUUCUAUCAUGAUCCACAGCAUCAAACACCCCGUAUAUGAAUCUAUCUACGAUUAAAUAGUCUUGGCUGUUACAUUUUACCCUACGAUUGUAACACAGGAAAUUCCACCUCUACUUCAGUUAAAUGCCGUUUAAAAAACAUCGGUGUCCUCUGUAUGUUCGUGAAUUUUACAAUAUCUGCAGUGCUGUUAAUGCAGGCACUAAAAUAUCAAUUACUAUGCCACUAAUUAAUACUUUGUAAUCUAUUUUCCAAUCAUGCAUACUCAAGUUUUACUUAGUUAAACUUACAUUUACUUAUUACCUUUGCCGAAAUGUCCUUGGGUGUAUUUGUGCACUGGGGUGGUAUACUCUUUUAGAAACUGCAUAGACUUUGUAAAUUUUGAAUGAAGUUUUUAUAUCUACUGGAAAAUAUCACAAUUAUUGCUACUGUAUACUUUAAUUAAAAGUACCAAAUAUUAGUUAAUUAUUACAACUUACGACCCGAAUGAAGUAUCAAACUGUAAAAGUGCGAAAUAUUUACGUGAUUAGAAUCGAAAUAACAAAUAUGUUCCAAUAAUAUUAUAGUUAAUGAAACAUAAGCAGUCGAUAAGAUCAAGCAUGCUAAGCAUUUAUGCAUCUGAAAUCCUGCUCAUAUUUUAUUAACUGAUAAAAUACCGGAGUAUGCAUUUCAGUUUUGCUUUGUUCAAGUAAUUAGACAAUUAAUGUAUACGAAUAAUAAAUUUUGAUAGUGAGUGAUAUGCUUUUGAGAUACUACUGUUAAUAUUUAGCUUACCUGAGCACAAAGUGCCCAUGGUGAGCUAUUGUGAACUCGUUGUGUCUGUCGGUCUGUCGGUUCUCCUCCAAAACCACAGAAUAGAAUUUAAUGAAACUUGUCAUUGAUAUUCCUUGGAUAGUCUUCUACCAAAGUUGUUCCAACGGUUCCGCUUGGUUGCACAUAGGAGCUGCAGAGCUAAAAUAGAAAAAAGUCUUCAAACGACAUCUCCUUAACCGAUGUUCCGAUUUUGAAAUAAUUUCACACUAAUAGUCCUUAUGUGACCCUCUACCAAGAUUGUUCAAAUCAUACCAAUUCGUCAAAAAAAAGGCCGCCAGGGGACGUGGUCACUUUUCCUUAUAUGUAUAUAGUGGAAACUUUAAAAAUCUUCUUGUGUGAAACUAUUAGCCCGAUUUUAAAAUAAUUUCAUACAAAUUGUCCUUGUGUGACCUUCUACAGAUAAUUGUUCAAUUUUUUUCUGAUUCGCCAAAAAUCAUGGCCACCAGAGGGCGUGGUCACUUUUCAUCAACGAUUUCUUUAAACAACAUCUCCUCCAAAACAACUGGAUAGAUGUUGAUGAAACCUUACACAAAUUAUCUCCGGGUAGCCCUCUUUCAAACUUGGUUAAUGGUUCUAGUUCAUUGAACAUAUGGGCCUUUUCCUUUGAAUGAACAAUAGCUAGAGUCAUGAUAUUUGAUAUAUAUAUGAUAUCAGAGUUGUACUGUCUAUUGUAAUUGUUCAAAUUAUUGCCCUAGUUUCAAAAAUGUGUGUGGCAUGUAUAUUAUAUAGGCAAACAAAGAAGACACCUAAAACUGUACUUGUACCACUGCGUUAUACAAACACACUUGAAGCCUUGUACAUAGGUGAGCUUGUUAAAUAUGUUUCAGCAUUAAAACAAUUGCCAAAAUCUUAUUUUCAUCAGGUUUUGAUUUCUGUAGCUAGGGGUAAUGUAUAUGUAUUUUAUUUAUUUUUUCUAUGUAUAAUUGUUACAGUAAGCUUGUCCUGUUCCAUAUUGUAUUUCAUGUUUACAUAUGAAUUGAAUAAAAAAAAUGCUAGAAUUAAUUAUUGCCAUAAAGUGUAAUACUACCAAUUAGCAAUAAUCUAAUAAUAUAAUAUAACCAGUAUUAUUUUUUGUGCGUUGACAUCUGCAGCGGCCCAAGAACUAUAUCGAAGUUUGAACACGAAAGGCGAUGAUUUCUUUUUAUUUUGUAUUUGUUGCUUUUCAGAAGUUUGUUCUACUGAAUGAUACAGACUAAAACACUUUUUACCUAAAUCAUAAUAUAAGAAAAAACAUUACACUUACAAUCACAGUUAUUUGCAUUUUAUUUUACAGUUUUGCUCUGAUAUGUGCUUGUGUAUUAACGUGCAUAAAAACACGCGAAUUCCUCCAUUUAUACAUGUUUGCUCCCUCGUUAAUGCACGCACCUCCACAAACGCAGCUGUUAUGCAAAAAUAAUAAUAGUACAUACCGAAUAAAACAGUAUGACAGCUAACUCAGAAAAGUACAGCUUUAUCACAUGUUAGUUUGGUAAGUUAUAACAUCAAUUUGGUAUUAAGAAAGAGUGAUAAAGCUUUGACGUUUACGCCGGGGUGCUACUGGCUUCCAGGUAAUCUACCCUAACCUUUAAUUAUUUUUAAACGAAUUGUCGAAUUGUCUUGGUCUAAAAUAAUGAUAUACGAAAAGCUAACAUAAGAGAAAAAAAGAAUAUCGCAUGUGUGCCUUUCCACAUUUAAUUUACUGAACUCAUUGCAUAAAAUUAAUAAAUACUUGGAAGAGACUAGCAUUGUAUUAUUUUAUUCAAUAAAAAAAUAAUAUAUUCAAUAUAGAUUGACACUAAUAAAACAUU